GGCUGUUGGGAGACAGGAACCAUGGCAACAGUAAUGGCAGAGGCAGAAACCCGUCAGAAGCUGCUGCGCACCGUCAAGAAGGAGGUGAAGCAGAUUAUGGAGGAAGCCGUCACCAGGAAAUUUGUUCACGAAGACAGCAGCCACAUCGUGUCCUUUUGUGUUGCAGUGGAGGCAUGUGUGCUACAUGGGCUGAAACGGCGAGCUGCUGGUUUUCUGCGUAGCAACAAGAUAGCGGCACUUUUCAUGAAGGUGGGAAAGAGCUUCCCCCCUGCUGAGGAGCUGUGCAGGAAAGCCCAGGAGCUGGAGCAGAUCCUCGAGACAAAGCGAAGUCAGAGCUUGCAAAGUCAGGACAGUAUUCGCAAGAUGCCUAGGUUGCCAAGCCUCAACCCACAGGGAGUGAAAAACCUGUGGAUCCGGACUGCUCUAUUUGAGAAAGUGCUGGACAAGAUUGUCCUGUACCUGGUAGAGAGCAGCAGUAAAUAUUAUGAAAAAGAGGCUAUUCUAAUGGACCCUGUAGAUGGACCUAUCCUUGCGUCAUUGUUGGUUGGCCCUUGUGCUUUGGAGUACACAAAGAUGAAAACAGCAGAUCACUUCUGGACAGACCCAUCUGCGGAUGAGUUGGUCCAAAGACAUCGCAUCCACGGUGGCCACUGCAGGCAGGAUUCGCCCACCAAGAGGCCCGCACUGUGUAUCCAGAAGCGACACUCCAGCAGCAGCAUGGAUGAGCGCCCUUCCCCCUCACCAUCAGCUCGUGAAUAUGUGGAGUCACUGCAUCAAAACAACCGGGCCACUCUGCUGUUUGGCAAGAACAAUGUGCUUGUGCAACCGAGGGAUGACAUGGAGGCUAUCCCAGGUUACCUGUCUCUGCACCAGACUGCAGACAUCAUGACACUAAAGUGGACACCCAAUCAACUCAUGAACGGCUCUGUUGGAGACUUGGACUAUGAACGCAGUGUAUACUGGGACUAUGCCAUGACUAUCUCUUUAGAAGACAUAGUUUAUUUGCACUGUCAUCAACAAGUGGACAGUGGGGGGACGGUGGUGCUGGUUAGUCAGGAUGGGAUCCAGAGGCCUCCACUUCGCUUCCCCAGAGGAGGCCAUUUGCUUCAGUUCCUCUCCUGCCUGGAGAACGGCCUGCUCCCUCACGGCCAGCUGGAGCCUCCACUCUGGUCCCAGAGGGGAAAGGGAAAGGUCUUUCCUAAACUGAGGAAGAGGCUUCCUCCGGGAUCUGGAUCGUCAGACUCAGUCUCAGACAAGGAGGAGGACGAGGCCAUGGACUAUGUCUUCCGUAUCAUCUUUCCAAACAGUCAGUCAGAGUUUGUGACUGUAUCUCACCCUCUCCGUCUGACUUCUCUCUCCCUUCAACUGAGUGAACAUCCCCCCUCCAAAACAGGGACCCUGGUGGUACCCAAGAGGUCCUUGAGCUGUCACGAAGAAUCCUGCUCACUCACAGGAAGCAGCUCGACUCCUCCAGACCUGAUGGAUCAGGGAGGUACAAUAUGGCACCCCACGCUCAGAAAGUUGUCGUGUUCUUCCUGCUCUCAAGGGAGCUUCUCUGAUGGGGUGACGCACAAGGGUUGCAAGCAUGAGAGGACUCCUCUGAAGCUGCUAUGUGACAAUAUGAAGUAUCAGAUCAUCUCCAGGGCCUUUUAUGGCUGGCUGGCGUACUGCCGUCACCUGUCCACUGUUCGUACACACCUCUCUGCACUUGUCAAUCCCACAAUCGUGGCAUCUGACGGGCCCUGCAACGCCUACCGAGGACUCACCACAGACGUGUGGCAGACAUUCCUCAAGAACAGCACAGCCUAUGAGGAGCAGGAACUCCACCGUCUGGUCUAUUUUGGUGGUGUGGACUCCUCGCUGCGUAAAGAGGUGUGGCCUUUCCUGUUGGGUCAUUACCAGUUUGGCAUGUCAGAGACCGAGAGGAAGGAGGUGGACGAGCAAGUUCGGGUGUGCUACCAUAAGACACUGAGCGAGUGGCAGGGAUGCGAGGAGAUAGUCCGCCAGCGAGAGAAGGAGCAACAUGCUGCAGCGCUGGCAAAGUGCUCCUCUGGGGCGAGCAUAGACAGUCCGGGUCAGAGGAUGGUCCAUCACGAUUCCACUGUGAGCAAUGAGUCCCAGUCAUCCCAGAGCUCAGACAGGCAGAGUCUGGCUCGCCUGCAGAGUGAUUCUAGCAGCAGCACACAGGUGUUUGAGUCUGUAGAGGAGGUGGACCAGAUUGAGAUGGAGACCAAAAUGGAGGAGGCUAAACAGGCACCAAAGAUGCCAAAUGGAGCUCUCCAGAAUGAGACAAGCUCUCCCGACUCUGGGCAUCCUUCCUCUCGAAACUUUUCUAUCACCUCUGGCCUGUCAGACGGCUCCUUUAGCACGGAGGACAGCUCUGCACCUGAUGCCAACCACAGAUCUGCAGCGGCGCUUCAGGUGUCACAGAGCUCUGUCAAAGCAGCAGCAGGGGGAGACACCGAAGUUCUGCCACAGUGGCUGCACAGCCAGGUGACAGGUGAAGAGAAGGACAAAGGGAAGGAAGUGGAGAAAGCACCUUACGUGACAAAAAUUGCAGAAAAUGCUAAGACUGAGGUGGCAGAUGAAGACACCAACAAAAAACUGUCCGUUUUUGUGCCUGAAACACAAGAAUCAGUUGCUGCACAACAUUUUCCAAAACAAGCGGGUAUGAAUACUGAGGAAGCUCCCAAGCUUGAAGAAAAAAAUGUGAAAAAGAUUAAAGAAACUGAGAAAUCAAAGGUUUCACUGACACAAGAGGAAGAUAAAAUACUCAAAGGCACUGCAGCCCCUGAAGUUGAAAACGAUCUCCCUCUGUCUGCAGCCUUCUGUGCCUCUCAGAGAGAUGAGGCUCACGCCAUGACUGAGUCUGAUGAGUCUCCUUCAGCUAUAGAGAUGGAGGAGAUCCCCAAGGCCAAAGUUUCAAUGGUGCCUUGGAGCAGGAAGGGACAUUGUGAAACCUCGUCCUCCUCUGAGGACUCAGCUUCUCAUGUUGAACAGAGGCAGCUGGAGGCAAAGCUCAGUCCAGAUGCAACAGUAUCCACCCUGUUGGAGCCAGCGAUGGAGAGCCUUUGCCCUCCUUUUGACUCUCUGGCCACAUCUGAUGGAGUGACCUCGCAAGAAUUAUCUGGGAGUCCCUUCUCUCAAGAACUUUUGGACCUAUAUACUCUUAAUUUGCACCGCAUUGAAAAGGAUGUCCAGCGCUGUGACAGGAACUACUGGUACUUUACUCCCGCCAACCUGGAGAAGCUCCAUAACAUCAUGUGCAGUUAUAUAUGGAAACACCUUGACAUCGGAUACGUUCAGGGAAUGUGCGACCUUCUGGCUCCACUUCUAGUCAUUUUAGAUGAUGAGGCCAUGGCUUUCAGCUGUUUCACUGAGCUCAUGAAGAGAAUGAAUCAAAACUUUCCACACGGAGGAGCUAUGGACACUCAUUUUGCAAACAUGCGCUCUCUAAUCCAGAUCUUGGACUCCGAGCUGUUUGAAUUAAUGCACCAGAACGGCGACUACACCCACUUCUACUUCUGCUAUCGCUGGUUCCUUCUAGACUUUAAACGAGAGCUGGUGUAUGAUGACGUGUUUGCAGUCUGGGAAACCAUCUGGGCGGCAAAGUGUGUCUCCUCAGGUCACUUUGUCCUCUUCAUUGCACUGGCGUUGGUGGAGAUGUACAGGGACAUCAUCCUGGAGAACAACAUGGACUUUACCGACAUCAUUAAGUUCUUCAAUGAAAUGGCAGAGCACCACAACAUGAAGCAGAUUUUGACCCUCGCCAGAGAUUUGGUGAGCAAGGUGCAGAUGCUGAUAGAGAACAAGUGAUUGUGCUGUUUGUCUUCGUUUCCUUCCAAGUAAAGUGGUCAGCUGUAGCAGUGCAGAAGCAAAACAGACAUGAACACACACUCUCACACAAAUGCUCACCAACACUCCACAAAGAUGUUAUAACAAAAAGUUUGCUGCUAUGAGCCUUAUUGACAGUAUCUUAUGUGUUAUUUGUUCUUUCAGCAGGUAUAUGAGAAUAUUAUGCUUAAUAUAUGUUGUAUGUGCAGAUGAAAACAGAUGUAACUGAGAAAAUCACUAAUUUCUACAUAUUUUGUCAAAAAAUCCCUCAAGUGUCAAUAUUAAUCCUAGUGCACUUAAUAUCAAAUAUCUUAAUAUCCACUUGCACAUUUCAAAUCAAAGACAAAGCUGAAUUCAACCAGAGAAUAUAUUUAUAAGAGUUUAUAAUAGUUAUUUUAAUAGUUAUCAGAGAUAUGUAUCAGCAAGUUAUUCUCUUAUUCUCAUCCCUUAAUGAAAGAAAGAAUGUCUUUAAUAUUCUUCAUGUACAACUAAAUCAAAUAGAUUUUCACUGACUGAUUCAGAAGGCUGGUGGCCUGAAAUGUAACCCAAACUCUGGUUCUGUUUAGCACUAAAGGUUCUGAAUUAUUUAGCUUUCAGUCCAAUUUCAUUGAUUUAACAUCCAACUGUGUUUUCAAUGUCCUUGAGCUGCCUUGUCUGCCAGAUAGCCUACUACUUGUGUACUAUGUAUGAACUGUUGUGUGUCCUCAGAAAAAAAACAACACUAAAAGUAUGAUGAAUUUAUGUUUAGUCUUGUAAAAUCAUAAUCAUUGAUGGAUUUAUGGGCAGAGAUUUAUAUAUAAAAGGACCUAAUUUAAUCAUCCUUGUGAGUUAUUUUCAAUUAUCCAGUGAACCUCUGCAUAUUUUGUAAAUUGUGUGGUUUUCUCCCCUUGAUUUUUGUAUUUUAUUGUAUUGUCUGGUGCCUACUUAUUAAAUCCGAGUUUAAUUUCAGUUUUCAUAUGACUAUUAAGCAGCGAUAUCAGAAGCAGUGGUAACUUUUAGUUACCCAAUUGAACAAGGUUGUUGUUCCAGAUUCUUGGGUUUAACAGUGGUUGAAACCAAGAGAUGGCUAUACGAAAGAUGUUGUAAAACAAAUGUUCAACUUGAGCUGCAAACGAUCUCAUGUCAUGAGGUGAAGUGUUUUAAAGUGUUUGAAAUUUGGAGCGUGGCUUUAAACCUCAAUUUACCAAAUCUCUUGCCAGUCAUUCAUAGCCAAAAACUUUAGUAGUGUUGACAUUGUUUCUUUGUGAAUGCUAACAACUUUCAGAAAACAUGUUUUAAUUUAUUGUAACAUUUAUUUAUUUAAUUAUUUAUUGAUACAUUUUCUCACUCAGAUGCUGCUCUCUUUGUAAAGCUGUAAGGCUUAAUUUUGUGGCCUGUUCUAAAUGUGUAUUGUAAAACUAACAAAUUCUCUACCAGUGGUUGAUAUAUACAUAUAUAUAUUAAAUGGUAUUUGUCCUUAUAAGAAAAAUAAAAAUGGAAUCAUUAUUUUUCCAAAAUAUAUUGUCAUGCAUUUUACUACAUUCAAUCCAACUGAUGCUAAAGAGAAACACAUA